AUGAGAACGAAUUGCUACUUAAUGAAUCUCAAUAACACAUGUUUAGUUAUAGAUCCUGGUGCAGCAAGCAAAAGUGUUGACAAAUGGCUUAAAAAUAACUGCCAACACGGAAAUAUCUCCAUAUUUUUGACUCAUGGACACUUUGAUCAUAUAAGUGGAGUUAAACCUAUUGUUUCACAGUAUCCUAAUACAGAAGUUUAUGUUUCUUCCAAAGAUGAAAAGCAUUUAUUCAGUACAAGAUGGAAUCUUGGCUGCUGGGUAUUAAAACUUACCACUCUUAAAAGCAUCAAGGAUAAAUUACACUAUGUAGAGAAAAAUGAUACAAUUCAAUUCGGUGAUGAACUAUUUUACAUUCAUACAUUACCUGGACAUACGCCAGGUGGUUUAGGCCUUUAUUCGCAAAAGCACAAUCUUAUUUUUACCGGAGAUACAUUAUUUAAGAGUGCAAGAGGUUCAACUUCAUUUAUCGGCGGAAACUAUACAGAUAUGAUGCAAUCAUUAUAUGAUUUGUUUACAUACAUACCUGGAAACGCUACAGUUUAUCCUGGACAUUACGCUACAACAACUAUUGCGGAUGAAAUGAAGAGAUACGAAAUUAUAAGGCAAUCACGAUCAGUAACAAGAAAAGAAGAAUUAUAA